GAACGGAAGGGGGCGUGCAGAAAAAAGACAGGGCCGCACACACACGUCACUGAGGGAAACAGAACAUACUGGGCAAUGUUUUAUUCCCACAUUUAUUUAUUUACCCCUGUUCCUGUUUGCGACCGCGAAGCCAUCGCAGUUUGAAGUGCAACUUCCUCUCAGUCAUCGAUUAGAGGUGUCGCUCGUCAGUCCCGCACCACCCGCACUGCCGCACAGACACUGAACUUCCCGUUAAGACGCAGCGGAACAGGCGAAAACUGCUGCUGACAGAAAAAGGGGAACGACAUCAGGGCUUGUCAAGAAGAGAGGACAGAGUCGUGUCUACAAGGCGUCUGGACAGAGAAAGGGUGCCAUUGUCCUCUCGCUGAGGGCGAGCAGAGACGGUUCUGGUGCUCUGCUAAUUAGCCUGCGUUGGUCCCUGCUGGGAAAGACGGCGAGCAGGCUGCCUGCCCAGGGUUCUAGUUCGAGUGUGCCUGUUUUCAUCCAGCAUCUGGACAUUUAUCCUUUUAGCUACUGAUGGGUUUCUUUAGAGAAUAGCAAUCUCCCUUCCCCACAUCUACCCCCUGCCAGACCCUGGCUUUGAACCGACUCUCGGGCGCUGUCCUCGCUGGGGGGUACGGGAUAACCAUCGCCCGGUCUCGCUAGCUCCAGGUGGGGGUCCGGUUUCCCUAACCCUUGCCCUGUCUGCCUGCCGCUCUGGCCGACCUAGCAAACUCGGAACAUGGCAGGGAACCUGAAGAAAGGCGGGGGUCUAAUCGGAAUGAUGAAGGAUGCCUUCCAGCCACACCAUCACCACCUCCACUCCCAUUACCAGCCCGGGGCCGUGGACAAGAAGACGGUGGAGAAAUGCUGGAAACUAAUGGACAAGGUGGUACGGCUGUGCCAAAACCCCAAACUGGCUCUGAAGAACAGCCCCCCUUAUAUCCUUGACUUGCUGCCUGACACCUACCAGCACCUGCGCACCAUCUUAUCUCGCUACGAGGGCAAAAUGGAGACUCUGGGGGAGAAUGAGUACUUCCGGGUCUUCAUGGAAAACCUGACUAAGAAGACCAAGCAGACCAUCACCUUGUUCAAAGAAGGCAAGGAGCGCAUGUAUGAGGAGAACUCCCAGCCCAGGCGGAAUCUCACCAAGCUGUCAUUGAUCUUUAGUCACAUGCUGGCUGAGCUGAAAGCCAUCUUCCCCAACGGUCUCUUUCAGGGUGACAACUUCCGCAUAACCAAAGCAGAUGCUGCAGAAUUCUGGAGGCGCGCCUUUGGGGACAAAACCAUUGUGCCUUGGAAGGUGUUCCGUCAGUCUCUCCAUGAGUUUCAUCCUAUCAGCUCCGGCCUGGAGGCCAUGGCCCUCAAGUCCACUAUAGACCUGACCUGCAACGACUACAUCUCUGUGUUUGAGUUUGACAUUUUUACAAGGCUGUUUCAGCCUUGGUCAUCCCUGCUGCGGAACUGGAACAGCUUGGCUGUGACUCACCCGGGAUACAUGGCCUUCCUCACCUACGAUGAGGUCAAAGCUCGGCUACAGAAGUUUAUUCACAAGCCUGGCAGUUAUAUUUUCCGACUGAGCUGCACCCGACUGGGCCAGUGGGCUAUUGGUUAUGUGACAGCAGACGGGAAUAUUCUCCAAACCAUUCCCCAUAAUAAGCCCCUCUUCCAGGCUCUCAUAGAUGGUUUCCGAGAAGGAUUCUAUUUAUUUCCUGACGGGCGAACUCAAAACCCUGACCUGACCGGAUUGUGUGAACCUUCACCUCAAGACCACAUUAAAGUCACCCAGGAGCAAUAUGAGCUGUAUUGUGAGAUGGGCUCCACUUUCCAGCUUUGCAAGAUCUGUGCUGAGAACGACAAGGAUGUGAAGAUUGAGCCCUGCGGUCAUCUCAUGUGCACGUCCUGUCUCACUGCCUGGCAGGAGUCAGAGGGUCAGGGGACAGGUUGUCCCUUUUGUCGCUGUGAAAUUAAAGGUACGGAGCCCAUCGUUGUUGAUCCUUUUGACCCGAAGGACAACAGCGGAGGCUUGUGUAGGAGCUCCAUGUGCGCUGAGGGGGCGCCCUCUCCCAGCUACGAUGACGAUGAUGAUGACAGACUUGAAGACCCCCACCUUAUGAUGAGCAAACUCGCCUGCUCUAAGGUGGAGCGCCCCCCAUCACCCAUGUCCCUGCCUCCUCAGUCCUCCCUGCCACCCGUGCCUCCCAGACUUGACUUAUUACCAAACAGACCUCCAAACCCCCCCGGGGCCUCCAGUCCAGGGCUCAUCAGUAAGGCAGCAUCUCACCACAAAGACAAGCCUCUUCCUCUCCCUCCUGCUCUGCGGGAUCUCCCCCCUCCUCCUCCUCCAGACAGACCCCACGCAGCCGGGACAGCCCCCGAUACCCGGCUCCAGAGGAGGCCCUUACCCAGCACUCCGGGGGAGCCCCCUCGAGAUAAGCUGCCACCUACGCCCCCAAACCGUCCAAUCACUGACUGGAACUCCAGGCCCGUUCCCAAGGCCCCCACUUCAUCUUCUUCCUCAUCAUCCUCUUCAUCCACCCAAGUCUCCAGUCUGGGAGGGGACAUCCGGGCCGGUGUCAGGGAGCUGUCCAACAGGCACUCCCUCCCCCUGGCGCUGCCGUCUGCUAUGGACACCCGCUCAGACUCUCAGAAGAACAACAGCUCCCUCAGCCUGGACCACCAGCUGAGCUUUGCUGCAAUCGUCGACGGCGAUUACGACAACCCCAAAGUGAAACCGUCAGCCUCAGCUAACGCCAUCUACACAUUGGCUAACAGGCCGUCUCCGAUUUUGAGACCAUUGACUGGAGAAGAGCUAUGUGACAGUGAGGAGGACUCGGACUACAUGAUUCCCUCCUCUCGUCCCAUCUCUUUACCACCUGUGGGGGAAUCCUCAUCAGCGGUGAGGCCUCCGCAGCCUCUGUCAACACUCCAGGCUCAGACUCAACCCUCCACACUCAACUCACGGUUGACACUGACUGAGGAUGGAUCUAUAUCUUCUGAAGCCAUGUACAACAUCCAGGCACGGUCACAGCAAGCCAGAGACUCAGAUUACUCUGAUUUACCCCCUCUGGUAAAUGGGCCCAGAGAGCCCGCAGGAGAGGACCGGGAGGAGGAGGAUAACGGCUACGACUUCCCGAGACCGCCACUACCUAUGCCUCCCACCAGACGGACCCUUUCAGAAAUGGGCGGGUCGUUAUCAUCAUCUUCAUCCUCCUCAUCAUCAUGUUUGUCCUCCACAGCUGCUUUCAACCGCCUUUCUCUAGAUUCAGAUGCUGGAGCUGCAGCGUCCAUCUUAGAACUGGCCGAAGCAGCACCAGAGAGACCUCCGAAGCCUCUGCCGAGACGGAUCAACUCAGAGCGCCACCACAGCCCCGUGCCACCCGUCCCCGUGCCGCCCAGUACCAUGGCAACAGGUGGAGAGGCCAAUCCCCAGAUCAGCAGUGAGAUUGAGCACCUUAUGAGUCAGGGAUAUUCUUAUCAGGACAUCCAGAAAGCGCUGGUGAUUGCACAGAACGAUAUUGAAAUGGCCAAAAAUAUCCUGCGUGAGUUUGUCUCCGUUCCCUCUGCUCACAUCCUCACAUAGCACGCCGUUGCGCAUCGGUCCUGCGUUCGCUCUCUCGCCUCUGGCUUGGCCUGGCCCAGCCUGGUUUGGUUUGGUUUGGUUUAGGUUGGCAGAGACCAACCUGGAGCCCACUGACUCAACCAUCGCUAAUGGCCUUGCUCCUAUGGACUUUUAACGGGCUGUUACUCCGUCAUCUGUGGGACUCUGCGCUUUGCACUCCAUGCGCUUUCAACAGUGUCUGGCCUUUUUCUGCACAAACACACACACACACACAACAUGUUACAGCAGGCCGCUUCAGUUUCCACUGCUUCUCCCGAAUAAACACAAGUGGAGCCGCGACGGAACAUCGCACAGCCCUGAACGUUCAUAGGAAUCCUGGGAAUGCCGGUUCUUGAGUUUCGUGCUGCAGCCUCUUGUUGAAAAAUGUAACCGACACCUCACAAGUACAACAAAAAAUGUAUGUCUAUAUGGAAAUUUAAUAUAUAAGUAAAUAUAUAUUAAAUGUGUGUAAUAUAUACAAUAUAUAAUAUGUGAAAUCUUGAGCUUUGAGGGUCACAGUUGGUACAGCUAGACAGGAGUCGGAUUACAGGAAGAUCAUCUUUUUCUGUCCAGACGAAGGGUGGACAAGUCGAGGUGUCUCCUCACCAGGAUGUUAGUCAGCAGCAGAGCUUUUUUUUUCUUUUUAUUAUAAAUUCAGUUUGAAAUGGCCUUCAAAUGAAAACAAUGUUGCUUUGGUACAUUAAUUAAAAAUACUAAAAACUCAUUUUUAUUAUUUUUUUGCAGAGUAGCAUGAUUGUGUUUUCAGGUCUUAACUCGGUGUGUGCGUGUGUAAAAUCCUCCCCCCCCCCCCC